AUGGAGCCCGAUCGCGAGAGUUUCACUUUUCGUGCGUUUCAGCAAAUCCAGGACAUAAACAGUCAGGUAGCGCAGUUCCGAGAUCUGCUCAUCAACAUCGGACAGCCGCGCGACUGUCCGGAGCUGCGCGAAAAAAUACGGAAGCUGCGCCGCAGCUGCGUGGAGGCCUGCAAGAGCACAUCUCAGCUGGUACUGCCGCACGUGAAGAGCGCUAUGGACGUCGGGAUACCAGUCGACAGUCCAAACCUGGUGCUGUUGUUUUACGUGGCUCAGCUCUUCUUACGCGAGCUGCACAAGAGUAAAAACCUCAUACGAAUCAUACCCAUGGACAUGUCCGGGUAUUACGAGAACCGCGCCGGUCCCUCGUAUAUCGGCAACGUGGUCUCGCAGAUCCUCCUGUGCAAACAGAUUAGACCGGACUUCAACGAGGAGGAGAUAUGCAGCAUCCGAAAGGACUCGGAAGAGAUCGGCCAGCUGAUAGCGGAGCUGCAGGAAUUUAUGCCCCAAUCGGAAGCUGACACGGAGAAACCCGUGGCCCUUCACAAUCCUGGGAACAAAAUCAAUCGGAACAACGGAACACGGAGGAUGCACCGAUGGAGCAGCAACAGAGACCGACAGUCGUCCUACUUCCGCAACGGUUUCAGAUUUCUCUGCUGCGCCGCGAGCACUAAUUACGUUUAACGUACAUAUAAUUCAUCUCGACUCAUUAAAACGUAAUAUAGUUUCCGAUUAUGUGAAUAAUUAAUACGCACCGAUAUAUUUUCGCAGUGAUUUCAACUAGCUUAAAUUCCCUAAAGUAGCGUUAAACAGGAAUCGGACGGCGCUUCGGCGCUCGUGAACGAAUCGCGGCGGAGAGUUCCCGUUUAUGAAAGUGUCCCCGUAAGAGAGAGGCGUACAAUAGUUUGGCAAUUUAUUUUCGAGGCAAAGUCCUCAAAGUCCCUUCACCUUCGACGAAACUUUAAUAAAUCGCGCCUUCAUCCACCGUAAUUUCUCAAAGUAGUUUCCGCGUCAUUAAUAUACGUCUCCCUUGGGAUACUCUUUACGAAAGACAGCGGAUAAAGGAACGUCGCGACGAUAACGUAAGGGAGAUACACCUGGAGGCCUAACCGAAAGGCCUAAACCCGGUGGCCGCUUGACAGACAUCCUUGGAACAAAUUUUUAACGCACGUAUAAUAGCCGGUGACAAUCAAAGUAGAGAAGCCCGAGACGCCGAUCAAAUUAUUAACCAGUCGCGCCGCGACGGAUACGGGACGACGGAAACGGAUGAGAACAAAAGGAGGGGGAGAGGGUGGGGAAUUUCAGCACCUUUUUCGUCUCUCAGCAAAAAUUCUAGUGGCACUCGAUACCGCUCCCAUUUUUUGGGGAGGGUGAGGGGACGUCCCUCUGUAGACGCCCCGAAGAACUCGCUGUCCCGUUAAAUUUCCAAGUCGCGGACAAAAGGACCAGCGGCGGCGGUGUCGAGGAGCCCUUUUAUUCAAGUCCACUCCACGAUCGUUUCAUCAAUCCCGCUACGAUUGCUCGGAUAUCCGACUCGGGGAUUUUUUUCCCCCGAAAAGAAUUCGCGAUUCUCUUGGCGCGGCUAACCAAUUCUCUCUCGUUUAGGAACUAUCGUUUUCGUGUCAAACUUAAUCGAGGGUCGUAAUCAAAACUAGCUUGUAAUCUCCGAUCCCUAAGAAUCCCGACGGAUGAUACCUAGUGAGACGAGCGCGCGUUCGAGCACAUAUAUCGUCGGAGUUAACGCGUCGUCUGUGUCUGUGUUAAAAGCGAGUAGAUUGUACGUUGUGGAGCAAUUAUAAUAUUCUAGCGUAUUUACAAGUGAGUGGACCAACCUCGAUCUAUUUAUAAUGCGCGACGGGCGCGCACGCAUUGUAGCCGUAGGUACGCGCGUUUCGCAUCUCUCAUACAUAUACAUAUGUAUAUGGAGAGUGUCUACAAAGCAAUACGUAGGAGUACACACGCAGAGAAGCGUUGCGCCAAGAAUAUACAUAUAUAUAUACUUAUAUACUUAUAUACACAUAUGUAUGUAUACAUAUAUAUGUGUAUGUACGUAUGUAUGUUGAACGAAUAUAGAUUUAGCCGCGCACGCCCGUUCAUACAUUUCUCUCGCAUGUAUGAAGCUACACAGCCGGAAGCGCAAUCGUUAUCUCGUGACUUUAACCCUAAACAGUAACGGCAUCGCUGCAAGAAGACCGAAGGGGUAGGGAAAUAAAAGAAAAUUGAGAAAGAGCUCCCCUUGUCCGGCUCUCGAGCUCCGAUCGGCAGUUUGUUCUCGGAAGAUCGCUCCUCGCGCGCAUUAACUCGCGGCGAUGAAUCCAGACGCGAUACACCGCGGUGCAAAAGGGGGAUAUUUUUGUAUUUUCGCACAAACGGAGCGUUACUGUUUCGGGUUAACAGCGAUGCUGCGUGCGACCAGCCAGCGGGCGUCUGUGAGGAGACAAAACUAAAAAAAAAAAAGAGCGGGGAGGAGGAAGAAAAAGGAGAGAGUAUCGAUCUCUCGAUCGAUACUCAUGAGAGCGUCAAACAUACAUUUACGACCGCAAUAACAUAAUUGUAACAGAUACGAGAUAUUUUGUUACUUUCCCUUUUCAUCCGCGGAACGUUCUGGUAUACUUUAAAGAGAGGGGGGAAAAAAGCAAAACGCGAUCGCGCGAAACUUCGGGUACUUUCGUUUAAUCGUUACGUUCUCACGGAAGGGGGAUCAUACGUGAUAUCUCGAACGUGCCAUUGUAACGCGAUUUGAAUUGUUACGUAUGCAAAUUAGAGUAAGACCGUACUCGUGUUAUGCGCAACAGGAGAGAGAGAGAGCGACUAUUUUAUACGAGCGUUGCGCGGAAUGGUGGAAAAGCACUCGCGACGGAAAUGACCAUAUCCCGUUCUGCUCCUAUUCCAAGCGCGCGAGAUUGUACGUUCGAUUCAAUUACACAUAUCAAUCGUGAUCGGGAUCGGGGAAGAGGGGGGAAGAAAGAGAGAGAGAGAGAGAGAGAGGGGGGAGGGGGGACGAUCCGGCGACCUGAUCGAAUCGUUUACUUAAUAAUCGCUAGCCUCGGGACGUCGGAUGUGGAACAACGAUCGAACUCGAAUCGCUCUGCCUCUCGACUCGAGAGGAGGCUAAACGUCGCCCGAAUCGGCAGAUCCGUUCCGCCGACGUUAUUUAUCGUCAAAUGACGUUUCUCGACGACGCGUCGACGCCGAGAUGACGAUAAAUAACGGCCAGGCUCGCUACCCCCGGGGCUCACCUCUCGAGUCGGCGAUUCGACCGUCUCCGCGUUCCUUCAGUCCUGUCGCGGUACAUAAAAAACAAAAAGGGGACCGAAACUAUACUCGAAUAUAUUUCACUUCGUCGAAUUUUACGUUGAGGGAACACUUAAUGAAGAUAGAGGGGAGGAAAAAAAAGAAGAGGAGGUAUAUUAGCGCUGACAUGUCGUAUUUUUAGGCGGUAGAGAGAAGAAGAGAGGUGCGAGCGCGUCUCGGCAGCCCCCGAGUUACAAUACACCGCGGGGCUCGCGCAACUGGCGCGAAUAGCGAAAUCAAAUUAAGAUGAAAUAUAAUGUAUCACGUUGACGAAAUAAAU